ACUUAUAUAGAGAGAGGGGAGAAGCUACAGAUCGACCAGGCUCAAUCGAUCGCUAGCAGCAGCAGCAGCUUCACACUUCACUAAGCUAGUUCACUAGUGGAGUGUGAGCAUCGAGCUGCUUGCAGCAGCGACCAGUCCAAACCAAACCAUCAAAAGCUUAAGCUAAGCUAGCUGCACGCACUUAUUCCUGCUUAUUGCCUGCCUCAGCAUCGAUCCAUCCAUCAUACAGCAACAAGCUAAUAGUAUAUAUAAUUAAGCCGGCAAGGGAUUGAAGCAAUGCAAAUGCAGCCGAGAGGCGAUCGUCGUGUCGUCGUCGUUGCUGCUAAUACUACAAUUCACACCAUGCCGCGCCUCAGCUGCUUUCCGCUGCUGCUGCUGUUCUUGUUGGUCUUGUUGCUGACCCCCACCACCACUUGUAGCGCUGCAGCCCAUAGCACUCGUGCUGCAAACGCGACGAGUACAUCUGCCGGCGCUGCAGCUUCAGCCGCGGCCAUGCCGAAGCAGCAGCAGCAGCACAAGGCGAAGGCGAAGGCGCCUGCGCUCAUCGUGUUCGGCGACUCCAUCGUCGACCCCGGGAACAACAACGACAUCAACACCAUCAUCAAGGCCAACUUCCCGCCCUACGGCGACGACUUCCUCAACCACCGACCCACCGGCAGGUUCUGCAACGGCAGGAUACCAACCGACUUCAUCGCCUCAAGGCUGGGCCUCAAGGACCUGCUGCCGGCCUACCUGUCCCCUCAGCUGGACAAGCAAGACCUCCUCACCGGCGUCAGCUUCGCCUCCGGGGGCACCGGAUUCGACCCCCUCACGCCGCAGCUCGCGUCCGUGAUCUCGCUCCCCGACCAGCUCAACAUGUUCCACGAGUACCUGGACAAGGUGCGCGCGGCGGGCGGGGACGCCAAGGCCUCGGAGAUCCUGUCCCGGGGCGUCUUCGCCAUCUGCGCCGGCAGCGACGACGUGGCCAACACCUACUUCACCAUGCGCGCGCGCAGCAACUACGACCACGCCUCCUACGCCCGCCUCUUGGUGCAUCACGCCUCGUCAUUCGUCGAGGACCUCGUCCGCGCCGGCGCGCGCCGCGUCGCCGUCAUCGGCAUCCCGCCCAUCGGCUGCGUCCCCUCGCAGCGCACCAUGUCGGGAGGCCUCGAGCGCAGCUGCUCCGAGGGCCACAACGAGAUCGCCGUCGCCUACAACACCGGGCUGGAGAAGGAGCUGGCGGCGCUCCGGGGCAAGUACCCCGGCACGAUGCUGGUGUUCAUGGACAUCUACGGCUUCCUCUACGACAUGAUGAUGCACCCGCGCAGGUACGGCUUCACGGAGUCAACCAGGGGAUGCUGCGGCACGGGACUCCUUGAGGUCUCCGUGCUCUGCAACGGAAUCACCUCCGCCGUCUGCGACGACGUCGGCGACUACCUCUUCUGGGACAGCUACCACCCCACGGAGAAGGCAUACAAGGUCCUCGCCGACUUCGUCUUCGACAACUACGUCAAGCUCAUCAUCUAAGUAAUUAGGAAUUGGCUUUGCAUUGCAUCUAGUAUUUUGCUUCCUCUAUCUCUGAGAUCGAGUCCGGUCCUAGAUCUCAAUUCAUCUGCUUGCAGCUAUUCUUUCUUCUGCUCGAUCUGCUCUAAUGUCCUCGAUCACAGCAUCCAGCUUAAUCAUGGUUAUUAUAUUUAUUCCAGUCAAUUAGCAGCAUGAUCCUUGUUUAAUUUACUCUUGUGUCAUUGUAAUAGCUAGGACUAGGAGUAUAACUUAUUUUUUACUACCAGCCUAAUGACGACCUUAGGUAUCCUUUCCUGUAUUUAUCUUUCUUGGUUUUCAAGUAAUGCGAGUGAGAAAUGGACGCCGAGCCUCUCUAUUGGUACAUAUAUAGUCGCUCAGACGUACUGAUACGUACGUUGACAGCAAACAUACAUACAUAAAGAGUACUCGUGUUGUAUUCAACGCUGAAAACUUAAAGAGAUAUACUUACACAUUAGAUUGACCAAAAGUUGCAUGCCUGUUAUUGUUACCCAAACCCCAAGCUGAAUUCGAUCUAUAUAUAUAAUUAAGCUCCGGGACCGUAACUGAUCCAAAGUUAUUGAUCUGACUGCAAGCGCUGCACCUCACCCUCCAGCUGAAGCCAUGCCAUAAGGCAUAUA